AUGAAAGACAAUUAUGAUCAUAUCACAACCUCUUAAGCUAUAUUUGAUGUGGUUAAAAGAGGGAAUUACGUUGAGGAAACUCGUGUCCAAUACGAAAUCAAAUGUAUUGGAACUGAAAUAGAAACAGCUCAAAUGGGAAAAGACACGGUUAAGUAUAAGUUCACAAUAACCAAAAUUGAUUUGUUAACAGAUACCAAAAAGUCUCAUGAAUUUGUCAGGAGAUAUACACAUUUCUUAUGGUUAUAAAAUGAAUUGCAAAAUAAAUAAAUAGGCAGGGUGAUUCCCAGUCUCCCUGAGAAAUAGACAGUUUAUGAUAAAGAUAAAAGAAAAUUAGAAUUUGUGUACUUUAUGUAAAAAAUAUUGAGUCAUAAAAAACUAUAAUAAAUUGAUUGUCUAGAACGGUUUUUUAGUGAGGAAUUAAGAGAUUAUGAUGUGUUUCAACACUAUAUUGAGAAUAUGAAGGAGUCUCAAUCAAUGAUUAAUAUAUUUAUUACAACUGGAAUAUCCUUUAUGAAUAUGUUCUCUAAAGUCUGUAAUUAUAACUCUGUCUAAAUAAUAAAUAGAAUACCUGAUGAAAAUGACAAAUAAUUUGAAGAAUAUAGGAAAGAAUUAGAGUAAAAUAGGUCUAAUACUGAAAUAAUAAGUUCUGAUAUCUGUAAAAUAGUUUAGAAAUUGCAGAUAUAAGCGAGAUCUUUAUCGAAUAGUUUUGACAUAUUCAUGAAUGAGUGUUAGGGAGUUGAAGAAUUUGCAACACUUAAAACGAUCAUAAAAAUUUAUGAAAGUUACGAAAUUAAGUUAAGAUAGAAGUAUGUUUACAGAAUGGAAGCAAGUAUUAAGGAUUAUGAUCAAGCAAUAAAAUUAAUCAAUCUAUAUAAGGAAUUAAAAGAUUAAAUCAACAAAGACACUCAAUUGAUUGGCAAUCAAUAUUACAGAUCACAGGUAGACGAACUGAAAAUGCAAAUCAAUAAUAACAAAUAGAAAGUAGAGCAGCUGUAGAUCAACUUUUUAGAUGAUAUAGAUCUCUUUAAAUAACAGUAAAGUUGGUGUUUGAUGGAUGUAUAGAAAAAGUUUUAUGUCGAUUUGCAGGAGUGUUACGACUCUAUUAAAUCAUAGAAAACUGCACAUCAUUUGUGA